GAUGCGUUUGGCGAGAAACGCGAAUUUUGAUAACAGAAAAUAUAAAUCUAGGGUUUCAAAUUUCUUUGUAUCUCAACCCCCAAAAUUUCCUCUUUUCCCUCCCUUUGCACAAUUCCCUCAAGAAUUCCCCUCCCCCACUUUUACCUAUUUUUUUCAUUGGGAAAAUUUCUCUUCUCUUCUAAUCUUCAUUAUCAAUAUCAUCGUUAUCAUGACCUAAUGGGCCCUUGUUUUCUACGGGUCCUAUUGGUGUUUUGGUUAGUGUAGGAGGGUUCAGGUUGUUCUGGUUGGUGAAUUAAGAAUAGGGAAUAGUUAGAUCAUAAACGGUCUCAUUGUUGAAGGGGGUGAAAUCAUUGGUUAAUUAACAAGCUUUGUUUUUGUCGAUGUUUUGACGGCUAAUUAUCUACGUUUGGUCCAAAUAUGGAAUCAGAGAGCACGCAUCCUUCGACCAGUUUAGUCAAAUGCUGUGAUUGCAGUUGUAGUUCUUGCGAUACAACAACUGGAUCUUAUUCUAGAUCAUGGAUACGUUCUGUGAAACGAAAAUUAGACGAAUAUGAAGGAGAUGGCGGCAAAUUUUUCAUACCAGGUCUUCAGAUUCAUGAUGUCGCCCGUGUUGAAAUUGAAAACGAAUGCGAUGUAUUACGUGAAAUGGUCAGCAAUCAACAACGCACCAUUCAGGACCUCAUUUCUGACCUAGAAGAGGAAAGGUACGCUUCUUCUUCAGCUGCAAAUGAAGCCAUGUCUAUGAUCUUAAAAUUACAACGUGAAAAAGCUGAAAUCCAGAUGGAGGCCAGACAAUUUAAGCGUUUUUCUGAAGAAAAAAUGGCUCAUGAUCAACAAGAACUUAUGGCGUUAGAAGAAUUGUUGUAUAGAAGGGAGCAAUCUAUUCAAUCGUUGACUUGUGAAGUUCAAGCAUAUAAACACAGAAUGAUAAGUUAUGGUCUUACAGAAUCUGAAGCAGAUGGGGAUAAAAGCUUCAUCACACGUGAAAAUAGUGUAGCCACAAAUCUAGAAAGCCAAUUUCAAUUUGAUUUUCCUUCAUAUGAUUACCCUCCUCUCAAAUGCAAUUCAAAUGAAAAUCAACCUUAUCAAGAACAUGACAAUGAAACAGUUGAUAUAGAAAAGUAUGCAUUCGGUGAAACCCCACGUUCAUUAAAAGACAUUGAAGAAAGAAUCAAUCAAUUGGAGAAAAGCCCUACGCAUAGUCAACCCGUUCUUGAAAAAGUCAUAGUUGGUCAUUCCCCAAUCAAGAAACAUUCUAGAAGAUUCUCCUGUGAUAGUGCUGGAACAUAUUAUGCAACUGUUAGAGAAGACUUGAGUGGCAAUGUGAAGAAAAUGGAGGAUGAUUUUACCACUUUCAAGAAAGUUGAAACCGUUUCAGAAUUUGGAGAUGACACAAGUGACAGGAUUUAUACCAUUGAUUCUAUACAUAAUAACAAUGAUCAAAAGGCGAAUAUUGGUAGUUAUGAUGAUUUUAUGAGUAGUACACCUAAAGAGUCAUCUUCACGUACUGAUAUUGAAGAUCCAGAAGUGAAGAAGCUGUAUAUGAGGCUUCAUGCACUUGAGGCUGAUAGGGAGUCAAUGAGACAAGCUCUUAUUUCUAUGAGGACUGAUAAAGCUCAAUUGGUUUUGUUGAAGGAGAUUGCUCAACAGUUGGCUAAAGACAUGUCACCUCCAAGUAGGAUGAUUGGAAAGAAGGCAUCUAGUCGUAUGGAUUCUUUCUUCUUCUCACUUUUCAAGAGGAUUGUAACAUUUGGUUAUUUUGGAAGGAGAGCACAACGAAAUAAGCAGAUUUAUAGUGCGCUGGCAGACAAUGCAGGGUUGCUAAUGCUUCUAAAUAAGGGACCUCAGAUGGGGCAAUGGAGCCACCGAAAACUUCCUUGUUUCCCCUCUCCGGCCACCGACGCUAUUGGUGUUGUCGAUUUCCUCCUCCAAGCUUUUUCCUCUCGGGCCACCGCCACUACCGCCGACUGUAGAACCACCACCACUACUACACUAACUACCGAUUUCUGGCCACCACAGUUGUCGCCGCUAAAGGUCGAUGCUGAUUUCAUCCAGUCGAUUCCUCUUUCUACAUUUUGCUCUCAUUUUCUUCCAUUUCUCAUUUGCUCCGGCAUUCUCCCUCUCCCGACGAUUCUCCCGCUGAUUCUCGCCAUAGUAGAUGAAACACCUGCAGCCACCGAAAACUUCCUUGUUUCCCCUCUCCGGCCACCGACGCUGUUGGUGUUGUCGAUUUCCUCCUCCAAGGUCGUUGUUUUACUUCCUCAUUUCUUCCUUUCUUUCUAUUUUAAUGUCGAUUUCCAUAAGCAUUUGUGA